AAAGAUAAAAUUCUGAGGUAGGAAAUAAAUUUUAACUCAGUUUCCUCGGAUGAGACAUUGGAAGGUAUUCGGUAGAAGAAAAGGAUGUCCUCUUUGUAUCUGAAAAUUUGCAUGUUAUUAGUGGCUUGCUUCAUUAUUGAAAUAGAAGCUUUCAGAAAAGGUUGGCAUCGCAGACCUAGGUGCGAAUAUGUGCAGUGUGAAGAAAACUGCCGCAAAGUAAAACAGCCAGACGGAUGCUUUAAGUGUGAGUGCGAACCUCUCUGCUCUGAACCAAAAUGUGAUCCCGGCUGCGAAGUCCAGACAAUCUUCGAUGGUCCGUGUCCAGGGUGUGACUGCAAAAAAGACGAGGACGAAAUUAAAGUUCCAGAUCUAGAAGAUCGCCCUCUUGAGAAGGUUGUUUGUGAUCCCCCAAAGUGCCCACCUGGCUGUAGAAUUGAAACAACUUACGAAGGACCAUGUCCAGGCUGCGAUUGUAAGAGAGAUGAAAUUAAUGAAGAUCGGUUUAAAAAAGUAAUAUGUGAUCCUCCAAAAUGUCCUCCUGGUUGUGUUAUCGAAACUGUAUAUAGUGGACCGUGCCCAGGAUGCGACUGCAAGAAAGAGAUUUAUGAAGAUCCAUCAAGAAAAAUAAUGUGCGACCCUCCCAAAUGUCCUCCCGGUUGCGAUAUACAGCGAGAGUAUGAAGGACCAUGUCCAGGAUGUGAUUGUAAGAAAGAUGAAAUUAUUGAUGAAAAGCCUGAGAUAGUCUGUGACCCACCAAAAUGUCCUCCUGGCUGCAUGAUUGAAACUGAGUAUGAUGGACCAUGUCCAGGAUGCGAUUGUAAAAAAGAUGAAAUUUCUGAGGAUCAGUCUAAAAAGGUGGUAUGUGAUCCUCCAAAAUGCCCUCCAGGUUGUGUUCUUGAAACAGAAUACGAUGGACCAUGUCCAGGCUGUGAAUGCAAGAAGGAUGAAACGAUUGAAGAAAAGCCAAAGGUAGUCUGCGAUCCACCAAAAUGUCCACCUGGCUGCGCAAUUGAAACUGUAUAUGAAGGACCAUGUCCAGGAUGUGACUGCAAGAAAAAGGACGAAAAGAAAUGCCCCGUAACACCACAGUGUGGACCUACAUGCAAAUUACAACCAGAUGAAGCCGGAUGCAAUGUUUGUAUGUGCAAGCCUGAAUGUACACCACCGAAAUGUAACAGAUGGUGUCGUAUCAAGGAAGUAGAAGGAGAAUGCCCAGUGUGUGACUGUCCAAAAUGGAAGAAAUUUGGUUAAAUGCCCUUUUUUGAAAAUAUAACUUUAAUACCAACGGUUAAUAAAAUCACAGUUAUGUAAAUGUUAAUUAAGCUGAAAUUUUCACAAAGUUAGAAAUAAAAUUAUAUCUCAAAAUGA